UUGUAGACUCGGCGUUUCUUACAUCGGAAACGAAACAUUUCUGCAUGGCAAUGUUGUGAGCAAACACAUAGUAUACUGCAUAGUUCCCGUAUAUCGAGUUAAGAGAACAUAUUUUGAUAGUGGGCGAGGGACAAUCUUGGGUUCGGUACACGGGCAUGGCAACAGUCGAGAAUGAUCCGACGGCGAGCGAAGGCGGUGCCGCAGCAUUCUCGGUGGUCCACAGUCCUAUCUGGAGCGAAUAUCAACUUCGAAAGUAUCCUUUCCAGACCAGACCGAUACCCAGACUCUCUCACACGGAUCCUAGAGCGGAGAUGCUCAUAAACAACGAGGAACCAUUGGUUUUAACAGACACCAAUCUAGUGUAUCCGGCUCUGAAGUGGGAUGUCCCGUACCUGCAGGAGAACAUUGGGAGCGGGGACUUCUCUGUGUACAUUGCGGAAAACCACAAAUUCCUCUACUAUGAUGAGAAGAAAAUGGCCAACUUUGAGAACUUUUCACCCAAGUCUCGACGGAUAGACAUGAAAUUCUCUGAUUUUGUGGAGAAAAUGGAGAAAACGCAGGAAGAGGGAGGAGACGAGAGGGUGUACCUGCAGCAGACCCUGAACGAUACCGUGGGCAGGAAGAUGGUGGUGGACUUCUUGGGUUUCAACUGGAACUGGAUCAACAAGCAGCAGAGCAAAAGGAACUGGGGCCAGUUUACCUCCAAUCUGCUCCUCAUAGGCAUGGAGGGCAAUGUAACGCCAGCCCAUUACGACGAGCAGCAGAACUUCUUUGCACAAAUCAAAGGUUACAAAAGGUGUAUCCUCUUCCCUCCGGACCAGUUUGAGUGUCUCUACCCCUUCCCUGUUCACCACCCCUGUGACAGACAGAGCCAGGUUGACUUUGAGAACCCUGACUAUGAGAGGUUUCCCAACUUCAAGAAUGUAGUGGGCUAUGAGACUGUGGUGGGCCCCGGAGAUGUUCUUUACAUCCCCAUGUACUGGUGGCACCACAUUGAGUCCCUGCUGAGUGGUGGCGUGACCAUCACUGUCAACUUCUGGUACAAGGGUGCGCCAACGCCCAAGAGGAUAGAAAACCCAUUGAGAGCCCAUCAGAAGGUGGCGAUCAUGAGAAACAUAGAGAAGAUGCUGGGGGAGGCACUGGGAGACUCUCACGAGGUUGGUCCUUUACUGAAUAUGAUGAUCCAGGGCCGAUAUGACCAGGGAUUCAGCUAGAGGUACUGCCGCAGAGCUGUUGCCAAACUGCUGCUUGUGUGUGCGUUAAGUACACACGCCUGAUUUGUGUGUAUGUAGGCGAGCAUGUGUGUACGUAUACGUGUGUGCACAUUCGGACUGUCAAGCUAGCAGUGCAUGGCAACACUGAGUCACCUUGAGAGACUUGGCCAAUCACACUUUCUGCUCUGCUUUGAUUGUUUGGGAACCAUAGUCAUCGCAACUUCAACCACCAGUGGGAAGACAAUAGUGGAUGGACAGAUUAGCCAUGGACACCCACAUGCAGUAUGCUGUCAGAGUGAUACUCAGUUGAUGAACUGUGUAAACUACAUAAUGUAGAGUUGUGGUAUUUGUGUGUGAGUCAAGUCAUUUGCAGCCGUGUAGGUAUCAAAGAAUAACCCCAAAAUACCCUCAAGGUGGAAGUUGCCCCAAAUUAAUCGCUGAUGCAGGGUAAGAUAUUAGACAUUUUAUCAUCGCAGCCAAUAGGAUUGGGGUUGGGAUAAUCUGAUCCUAGAUCUGUAGUUGGAGGCAAUUUCUACCUUGAGCACUUGAACCACUAAAGAGUGUGUGUUGGGUGAUUUGUUACAUCUGAGUCGUAACCAACCUGAAACUCCCAUCCUCUAUUCAACCCUGCCUCCUGUCAUUACAGUUUGUAACCAUAGCAACACAACUGUAGCUUGAUUUAUUAAAUACGAAUAGCUCCCCUCAGAUAUAACAUACACUCACCGGACAGUUUAUUAGGCACAAUCUGAAUUCUUCGGGGCAUUCUACAAGGUGUCGGAAACGUUCCACUGGGAUGUUGGUUCCUGUUGAGCCGAUGGCGUGACGCAGUUGCUGCAGAUUGGACGGCGGUACAUUGAUGCUGUGAAACAGCCCGUUCCAUCUCAUCCCAUAGAUGCUCUAUAGGGUUGAGGUCUGGGGACUGUGCAGGUACCUCAAAUAAACUGAACUCACUGUCAUGUUCCAGGUGAUGUUUUUCCACUCCUCAAUUGUCCAGUGUUGGUUAUCACGUGCCUACUGGAGCCGCUUCUUGGACCUGCUUGUUUUUAGCUGAUAGUAGUGGAACCUGGUGUGGUCCUCUGCUGCAAUAGCCCAUAGUUGUGCAUUCCUAGAUGUACUGCACCGUUAUUUGUCUGUUUGUGGCCCGCCUGUUAGCUUGCACGAAUCUUGCCAUUUCCUUCGACUUCUCAUGAACGAGCUGUUUUCGCUCACAGGACUGCUGCUGACUGGAUGAUUUUUGUUUGUCGCGCCAUUCUUGGUCAAUUCUAGACACUGUUGUGCGUGAAAUGCCCAGGAAGGCGGCCUUUCUGAGAUACUGGAUCCGGCACGCCUGGCACCAACAAUCAUACCCUGCUCGAAGUCGCUGAUCUCACUUGUUUUGCCCAUUCUAAAAUUCAAUCAAACAGUAGCUGGAUGCCUCUGUCUGCCUGCUUUAUAUAGCAAGCCAUGGCCACGUGACUCACUGUCUGUAGGAGCGAUCAAUAUUUGUGAAUUGGGUGGUGUACCUAAUAAACGGUCCGAUGAGUGUAUCAACUGAAUACAUUUCUAGUACCUAAAGUAGGCCUAUUUAUUUUGUGACAAACUUCUAAAUGAAUUUGCUGCACGUUCACCCUGAAAGAGAUGAGUCAUAUUUUGGUUAUUCUGUUGAUUUAAUUGUUGACUGUCAGUCAGUAAGCUGACUUGUUUCUGUAUGGUAUUACAGUUUUUGGGAGCAAUCAGCGAAAAACAAGUUAUAUUGUGUUUUAUAAACACUGAAAGAGCGCUUGAUUCUGUGAUUGCCUGUACUUGAUUUAUUUAAUUUAAAUGAUUGCUGAACAUUUCUAUGUUAUAAGUAUGUUUUGUAUGAUGGUUUGUGUACAUUUAGGCAUAACUGAUUUUCUGUUGGUGUGUUUUGAAUUUGUUAUGUUACAAUGCAUGGUACAUUUUAAGUCAAGAUUGAGGAUGGGCUAAAAAGUAUUUUAACUUAUUCAAUUGCAACUGCAAAGUAAAAUAAGAAUAUAACAAGUGUGUGUGCAUGCAACCACUCAGUGUGUGUCAGUAGAGUUGAAUGAUUGUUGUUAUUGUGCCAUUGUCAAGUGUUUCCAGUGAACACUUCACUUCAACAGGUGCAGUUUAGAGCACAGGACCGAUUUUAAAGCACAUAUGGGUGGCAUCCCAAAUCGUACCCUUUCCCCUGUGGGCCCUGGUCAAAAGAGGUGUACUUUAAAGGGAAUAGUGUGCCAUUUGGGACUUAGUCCUAGUGCUGUGUUCCAAACCAGGUGUGUCCUUCAGGGUUGGGGCUGUUUUCAUUUCAAUUCAGUCAAUUUAGGAAGUUAACAAUUCUAAUUUCAAUUUUCCUCAAGGAUUUUCUAUGAGGAAAAUUUAGAGUUGGAAUUUGAAUUUUAGUUUUCAUUCCUUCAAAUUGACCCAACCCUGGUGUCAUAAAACCAAUUAAGGUGGUUUCAAGUUAAUGGGAGUAAAUAAGUAAAUUACAAGUAAACGAUGUUCAAAAAGCUGUAUGUGUGGGAAUGGCUUUGGCAGUCAUGACAUUUUUUCAGCAGGUUAUUGUCAUGCAAAAUAAUGUUCAUGAACACUUUUACCAUCUCCGGGCCUCCAUGCAUACAAGCCGUUGAUGCGCGCCUUUGGAACAUCUACAUUUAAUUUUUUUUUAAUAGUAAAUAAAUUUAAUAUACACCAUCACAAUAAAGCCAUUUUUUAUUUUAGUCAGUUCUAAAGAAAUGUAUUUCCGAAGAACAGAAUAUGACUUGGCCUACAGUAUGUUAUCUGGAAAUGCUCCAUGCCAUAGGCUUGUUCAUUUAGCUGACAAGAUAUACUUUUAAGUGCCGUGCCAUUAUUUCAUAUUAUUUUAUAGUAAGAAGAAUAUAAUUGAGCUUUGCUAAAUAACAUAGAAAAGAUAUUUUUCCCAUUCCGGAGCGAGUGCACAUAUGAAGUGGCUAUGUUUAGCGUAAAAGUGAUCAUUUGAAACAGGUCCUAUAUCCUAGAUUUAGAGUUAUUUGGCAACUUUAGUUGUGAAUGAUGCAAACCUUAUGAAUCAAAACAUAUAUGGCCUGCGUGAUGCGACUAUAGGCUAUUGAUGAUUUGAGAGAGUCGCAAAAAAGUUUGCACGCUGUUCCUUGCCUCCUUGCCUCAGGUAAACUAGCUGUUCUUUCAUCAAGUGAUCAUAUUUUCACCCAUCAGACUAUUCUCAAUUUAAUCUUUACUAAUAUGUAAAAUGAGUUUAGAUUUAGAAUGGCCCGUUAUCAAAUGGGCAGGGUUAAAAAGACACCAUCUGUAUGCACUCGAAUUGCGAAUGGAGGCCGGGCGCGUUCUCUCCGGUCUGUUUUUCAAUCACGCUCUAGAAAUGAAUAAAAGAGAGGGUUGAGGAGAUAGAAACGCACGGUGGUGAGAUAUUCUGUAUAGCUAAAGGUAAUGUGCCACACAAUUAAUUAUGAAAACAUAUGUUAGGGGAGAGCAAAGUAUGUUGUCACACUUUUCACGCUGUCUAACAUUUACUGGGCACAAUACGUCACAAUGGUAUAAAUGUCAUAGCAAAUGAAAGGACGUCUUGGGCAUAUAUUUUGCAUUCAUUACAUCUUCAUAUCUUAUUUCAUUCAGUACGGAGUUGUCGACCGUUAAAUAGAGAGUGUGAACUUGUGACAAUUUGCCCAAUCAGCUGGUAAAUUGUCACCCUACGUCGGGUAAGUUGUCACAUUGGAUUAUCAACAAAUAAUAUAUUGUGAAAAUUCAUUUUAAUUUCAAAACCAAAUUCAACUUCAUUUAAGAACUUAAAAUAAAAAACAAUCAUGCCUAGAGAAUCUGGCAAAUCAUGCCUUUCAAUCAAAACUAUAAUGCUGUCAGAGCACACAUUAAUUAAGUGACAAGACCACUUCACUUUGAACUUUGAAAUCGAACUUUCUCUGGCGUGCACAUAAACUCAGCAAAAAAAGAAGCUUCCCUUUUUCAGGACCCUGUCUUUCAAAGACAAUUCGUAAAGAUUCAAAUAACUUCACAGAUCUUUAUUGUAAAGGGUUUAAACACUGUUUCCCAUGCUUGUUCAAUGAACCAUAAACAAUUAAUGAACAUGCACCUGUGGAACCGGUCGUUAAGACACUAACAGCUUACAGACUGUAGGCAAUUAAGGUGACAGUUAUGAAAACUUAGGACACUAAAGAGGCCUUUCUACUGACUUUGAAAAACACAGAAAGAAAGAUGCCCAGGGUCCCUGCUCAUCUGCGUGAACGUGCCUUAGGCAUGCUGCAAGGAGGCAUGAGGACUGCAGAUGUGGCCAGGGCAAUAAAUUGCCAUGUCCGUACUGUGAGACGCCUAAGACAGCGCUACAGGGAGACAGGACGGAAAGCUCAUCGUCCUCGCAGUGGCAGACCACGUAUAACAAUACCUGCACAGGAUCGGUACAUCCGAACAUCACACCUGCGAGACAGGUACAGGAUGGCAACAACAACUGCCUGAGUUACACCAGGAACGCACAAUCCCUCCAUCAGUGCUCAGACUGUCCGCAAUAGGCUGAGAGAGGCCGGACAGGGCUUGUAGGCCUGUUGUAAGGCAGGUCCUCACCAGACAUCACUGGCAACAACGUCGCCUAUGGGCACAAACAGAUACUGUUUGGCCACACCAGAUACUGACUGUUACUUUUGAUUUUGAUCCCCCCCCCUUUGUUCAGGGACACAUUAUUCAAUUUCUGUUAGUCACAUGUCUGUGGAACUUGUUCAGUUUGUCUCAGUUGUUGAAUCUUGUUAAAUCAUACAAAUAUUUACACAUGUUAAGUUUGCUGAAAAUAAACGCAGUUGACAGUGAGGACAUUUAUUUUUUUGCUGAGUUUAGAUCCACGGUAAUUGUUGGAAUCGGAAUGGAAUGAAAUUCUGCAGAUAACUUGCUUAAAUGUUUAAAGUCUUAGCAAAACUCACUUGGUGUUUAAACACACUAAUGUACAGUUUUGUAACAGCCUACAUCCGUAUCUGACUAAUCAGACUCAUCUUCAGAAACACAGUUCUGGCACACAUACAUUGCCUGGCCUGAGGUGCAAGCAUUCUGGGCCCAUUUGUUGCAUCUCACACACUUCACCCAAGUCUCCUUUGGAAGGUUGUUUGAAAUUAGCUCCACACAGAUGAGGCAGAAGUACUCUUCAUCUGAUGAUGACUGUUCUACAAUAUAUAUUUUUUUUAGCUGCCGCCUUGUUCUUUGCAGAUCCACAUUUUGAACUGGGCAGGUCUGUGUCUGAGCUCGUGCUAGGCUGGAAUAGUGCUGGGGCCUGGCAGGGCUGGAAUGGUGCUGGGGCCUGGCAGGGCUGGAAUAGUGCUGGGGCCUGGCAGGGCUGGAAUAGUGCUGGGGCCUGGCAGGGCUGGAAUAGUGCUGGGGCCUGGCAGGGCUGGAAUAGUGCUGGGGCCUGGCAGGGCUGGAAUAGUGCUGGGGCCUGGUAGGGCUGGAAUAGUGCUGGGGCCUGGCAGGGCUGGAAUAGUGCUGGGGCCUGGCAGGGCUGGAAUAGUGCUGGGGCCUGGCAGGGCUGGAAUAGUGCUGGGGCCUGGUAGGGUUGGUGCUGGGGCCUGGUAGGGUUGGUGCUGGGGCCUGGUAGGGUUGGCUUCUGAAUGGGGUGAUCUGUAACGUAGGAUGGCGCAAUCUCGUUUUCCAGAAAUACAUCCCUGUUGUAAGGUUGUACCCCAGCCACCCUAAAGCCAGCCUGAAUGUUCAAGGGUGUUGCAACCAGAGGAUAGGCGAUUGCAACAAUCCCAGGAAUGUCAUAAAUUGACGUUGUCUUCCUGGGAUUGUUCCUCAUCCAGGCAUCACACGUGGUGUUGAAGUGCCUCUUUAGUGGCCUGUAGACAAACCUGUCUAAGGGUUGAAGCCGAUGAGAGCAAUGGGGUGGGAAUGACAGCAUAAUUAUGCCAUUUUCUUUGGCAUAAUUGAGUCCAUCAGUGGACAGAUGAGACUUGUGGUUGUCCAAAAGGAACAAACAGGGCUUCUCCUUUGAGUACUUCGUAUGCUCGACGAAAUGUUUCAGGAAGUCAACAAAGUGCACAUCUUUCAUCCACCCAGAGGGAUUUGCCCCUCCUUUGCUGCCAGUUGGCCCGUUUAUCAGGAAAUGAUUGCGGAAGUUGACACGGGGAAUAUAAAAUAUGGAGGUAUACUAUUCCCUGUGGCUGAGACAGCACAGGCCAGUGUGACGAAGGUUCCCCUUUCAGCGGAGGUCAGUGACCCUACUUGUUUGAAUCCACGUCUGCCCACCACUUUGCCAGGUUUAUGUACAGUGGUCACCCCAGUUUCAUCUACAUUCCAUAUGUCUCCUGGUCCAAAUGGUUAUUUCUGUAGCACUUCUGCUACAUUGUCGAAGAAAGCAUUAACAUUUUCUCUGUUGAAGCUACUUGCCCUGGCAAGGCUAGUUGCCUCUGGCUUUCUCAGCGACAGAGUUGGGUGCCGCUUUAAGAAGCCUGUAAACCACUCCAAGCUGGCCUUUUCUUUUUCUACUCACAUUGGCGCGAACUUCAGCUGGUGUGCCACAGCAAACUGGUAGGCAAGUCUUCUGACUUCACUUGGCGACAGACCAAAAUAAAUGUCAGCUGACCUAGUAAUAUACUGAACAAGCUGCAUCUCCAAAUCAGGUGAGAAAACCUGCCGUGGCUUUGUAUAGCCUACCACUGUUGAUGGCUGUCUGACUUUCAACUUCUUCUCUGGUAAACUUUGACAAUACCGAGUCAGAAUACGGGAAAUUAUGGCAAAAUCCUUCUCUGUACUCCUGAUUGAUUUGUUCUGCAACUUCACCUGCCUCAUUGCCUUUAACAUUAUGCCAGGUGGUGUGCUGCCAUUCUGUCUUUUAUAAUUUCUAACCAUCUUUCCUUCCUUCCUUCCUUCCUUCCUUCAAAAACACAUUUCCUCAUUGCAAUUACAUAUUCAUUACAGGCUUAUCAUGCCCACCAUCCCAUCUACUAUCCUUGUUGCCACAAUGCAAUUCAUAACACUACUUCAUACAGUGUAAAGAAUUUAGAGGUGUGUGUGUGGAUAUACUGUCUGAUACAGUAGGCAUGUAGUGUGUUAGUAGACACACACACGCCAGAGCCUGUCUUGUGUAGUCCAGGGAAAUGUCUGCUGCUCUAAACUAUAUGUAUAUAUGAUAAUCCAUUUACAGUAACAUUUAAUACUAUUAUCAGAGCUUAAACAUUGUGAUAUUGUGUAAUCACAAUAUCACAAUGUUUUUUGAGCAAGUUCUAUGUAUACUGGGGCAAGUUGUCACCAUGUGAAGACUUCCCCCAAGGUCAUUUAGACAACUUGCCCCAAACUGACAUGUUGGCUAAAUCUCAAGGUUAGUUCAACAUAGGACUGCAGCUAAAGUAUCAAAAGACACGUUAUUGUCUCUACUCAGUGCAAAAUUAUCAUUUUGAACAUUCAUACCUAAAAGUUUUAUUGCAUAAAAUGUAAAGUGCCAAUUUUUUAUUUUGAAGGGGAAAAAUAAGGAACUUGUGCUCACCUCAGAUUAGAGUAACCUUGACCACAUGUGAACAGCAAGUUGACCAUAGAACAUGUAGUCACACAAAGUAGCUAUUUGACAACUUACCUCGCUCUCCCCUACUACGCUAUUCAGAAUCAAAUACACUAUAAUUGUAGGAUAGCAGGAAGCCGCCCAGCACAAUCAAUGAACCAACAGCAUCGCCUAGGGCUAUACGUUCUCUCUCGGACUCAUGGAAAGACAUUUUGUAGUGUAGCUUAAGGUAACUAGUCCAACCCCGAUGCAUAAUAAUAUAGUCCACACUCAAAGGGGAUUACUCAAUUUUGUUUAAUUUUGGAGAAUAGGCUAGACCAAUUAUGUACCAAAGACAUCCUAAAUCAGUUUUGUUUUAUGGUUUUCUGCCAUGUAUAAUAUGCAGUAGGCUAUGUAUUGUAUAAGGCACAAUCAUCAUUUUUAUUCCGUUUUUUUCAGGCUUGGUCUUAUAAGCCCUAAUAUCCAUAUGGAUGUUUUGAAUUAAUAAUCACCAUAGAAAGCGAUGUCCAUUUCAGGCUUUGCCACAACAACCAUGUUUUCCACUCUGUUUCAACCUGCUGUUGAACUUCUUUCUUCAAAUUGAUCGAUCACAGUGAGGUGAGUUUUAAAAGCAUGACACUGUUUUGAUGAUAAGUGUUUGAUGUGAUUUUCAAUUGCAUUUGCAUUGAUAUCAGAGUGGUUAGAGGGACAAUAGAGCCCUGAGUACCAGGCCGUUAAGGACCUGAUGGUAGUUAAUGAGUUGGGUACUACCAAAGCAUGUCCAGAGUGCCUAAUAGGAGAAUACCGUUACUCAACGGUCACGUGGAAUUUUACUGCGUUCUUGACUGCUGGUGUGGCGAUAAUACGUCACUGCAACAGCCGUAUAGUAUGGAGGCCCUUCUGUGAUUGGUAAUGUGAUGAUUUUAAACUGCAUCAUAUUAGUUUGUUAUUAACAGUAAUAUACUAAUAGUCUGGUUAAACCAGACUGACCAUGGCUGUGCUCAAUGGUGAACACAGCAUUCACUAGGCUAAUAUACUAACAAAUAUGGAAUGUGCCAAGCAGAAUGUUCAUGCCUUGUUUAUAUUUAGGCUAAUAUUCUGAGAGUGUGUAGCAAGGGAGUGUGUGCUUGAUUGUUUAUAGUAUCAAUAUUGUUCAUGAAAAAUACUAGUUCAAUGAAAUGGUCUGUUAAGUAAUUUUACAGUUAAGUCCCAGAGGUUAAAUUGCUCUCACUGUGUCUUUGUUUCUCCUACCUGUACUUUGUGUGCCUAGCUCUGUUAUGGCAGGGCUCAGGAAAUCGCAAGAACAAUGGAUAUCUUUUUUUUCUGUCUUUUCUAAAAAACAAAUUUCAAAAAUCUAAACAUUGUUUUCUGGGUUCCUGCACUUGUAUGAUUUGAGUGUGUCUACUGUAUUGUGCACUGAUUUCUAAGUGACUCGAGUUCUAUUGUUGUGCAAGUAGCUUUGAAAUAAAAUGUUCAACUUUA